GAGUUAUGUGACAAAAUUAAGUAUAUAAAUUGUCUGGUCAGGAGAAAGUCUGUUAAAUAUUUUCUGGGUUUCUGUCAGUUUUGCUCAGAACUGUCUUCUUCAAUGGCCACUCUUAACAUUUCAACCAGAAUGUCUCUCCUCAAACCAACCACCCCUGAUUUUCUACCUUCUUCCAACACCCUAACCCACUUCCUUGCAUUUCAAUCCAGACCCAGAAACAUUCGUCCGCCCCACAACAAGAACCAUAACCAUGCAUCAUUCACUCUUCGAUCCAUGACCAUAGCCGAGGAGAAACACAAAGGUCACCUCAACUCCUCCAAUGGCCCCCUGGGUAACACUGAAAAGUACUCUCUUUAUGAUGAUCAGUCCAUUGAUUAUUACUCAAUGGGCCAAGCAAGGGUGACUCCAAACAGUAGAAGAAAAACUAAGAUAGUUUGUACAAUUGGCCCCUCCACAAGUACACGUGAGAUGAUAUGGAAACUAGCUGAAACUGGAAUGAAUGUGGCUCGUUUAAAUAUGUCUCAUGGGGACCAUUCAUCACACCAGAAAACUAUUGAUCUUGUUAAAGAGUACAACUCUCAGUUUGAUGACAAGGUUGUUGCCAUAAUGCUGGACACUAAGGGGCCUGAGGUUCGAAGUGGAGAUUUACCUCAACCUAUAAUGCUUAAAGAAGGACAAGAAUUUAAUUUUACAAUUAAAAGAGGAGUCAGUACAGAAAACACUGUCAGCGUGAAUUACGACGACUUUGUGACCGAUGUGGAGAUUGGAGACAUACUACUGGUUGAUGGUGGAAUGAUGUCUUUAGUUGUUAAGUCGAAGACACAUGAUACUGUUAAAUGUGAAGUAGUUGAUGGCGGAGAAUUAAAAUCAAGGCGUCAUUUAAAUGUUCGUGGCAAAAGUGCAACUCUUCCUUCAAUUACAGAUAAAGACUGGGAGGAUAUCAAGUUUGGAGUGGACAACCAAGUUGAUUUCUAUGCUGUCUCUUUUGUUAAAGAUGCUAAAGUAGUUCAUGAGUUGAAAGAUUAUCUCAAAAGUUGCAAUGCAGACAUUCAUGUGAUUGUGAAAAUUGAAAGUGCAGACUCUAUCCCAAAUCUUCAUACAAUUAUUCCUGCAUCUGAUGGGGCAAUGGUUGCUCGUGGGGACCUUGGAGCUGAACUUCCAAUCGAGGACGUUCCUCUGUUACAGGAGGACAUAAUCAGAAGGUGUCAAAGAAUGCAAAAACCAGUUAUUGUAGCAACAAAUAUGCUGGAGAGCAUGAUCAAUCAACCAACACCAACAAGGGCAGAAGUUUCAGACAUUGCAAUUGCAGUACGGGAAGGUGCUGAUGCGGUCAUGCUUUCAGGAGAAACUGCCCACGGAAAGUUUCCUCUGAAAGCUGUCAAAGUAAUGCAUAGUGUAGCAUUAAGGAAUGAGUCAAGUCUACCAAUUACAACUGCUCCUCCAAGUGAAUUGAGUUAUAAGAACCGCAUGGGUGAAAUAUUUGCUUUUCAUGCCACAACAAUGUCAAACACUAUUAAUACACCAAUCAUUGUUUUCACAAGAACAGGAUCUAUGGCUAUACUUCUAAGUCAUUAUCGACCUCACUCAACAAUCUUUGCCUUCACAAAUGAAGUAAGAAUUAAGCAGAGGCUAGGGCUUUAUCAUGGCGUUCUGCCAAUAUAUAUGGAAUUCUCAAAUGAUGCGGAGGAAACCUUCUCUAGAGCACUCAAGCUCUUACUGGAUAGGGGUCAUUUGAAGGAGGGAGAACAUGUCACCCUUGUCCAAAGUGGUGCGCAACCAAUAUGGCGUUCAGAAUCGACUCAUCACAUUCAAGUACGUAGGGUCCAGAGCUAAAUUUUGUGCUGGCGGGAGUUUUCGUUUUUAGUGGCUGAUAGUAAACAAUAUGUUAAUUCAAGUUGUGAAUUGUAAGUGUAUAUUUGUAUGUAUUUUUGUUUCUUUUUGUUAAGAAAAUUUUCUUAAUUUUGCAAACAUCUUAAAUAUUUGGGGUUCUAGGUAGAAGCUUUCAUGUUGAAACAGUUAAUGUUGAUUGAGAUUUAGUCUGUCACUUAUGCAGACAUAAAAUUAUCAACAUUUUUUAUUCCCUCUUGUUGUAAAGCUAAUGUGUAGAAACCUCAAAAUUCUCAAGUGUUUUUAAUAUUUUAUGGCUGUAUAGAUCCUGCUCCAUAA